AUGACGGACACCCUUGGCUACGGGCUCGAGAAGAGGCGCCAGGGAAACCUCGAGAUCCUUGCUGGCAGGGAGACGUUCAGGGAUGAGUUCCGGCGCAUGCUACAGAGCGUAUCCGCCAAUGGGCAUACCUUCGAGGAGUGCAAAGAGGUCCUGAAGAAGAAUAUUUGGCUGGACCCUGGCUUCAAAGAUUUCUACGCGUACUGCAAAGAACACGACAUCCCGGUUGUCAUCAUCUCCAGGUACGCCUCCGGCCUGUGA